UUCAGCAGCACCAUGCCUUCCUCGACACCUAUUCGCGUCGCGCAAGUCGUCGGGCUGACUACGGCCGCGUUCUUCGCGGGCCAAAGCGCCGCCACGACCUACAUCCUCUGCCCCAGCAUCAUGGAAGCACCCGCGCCGCUGCUCGCGAAGCAAUGGCGGAGCGCGUGGACGAAAGGGCGCGCAAUCGGCCCGCCGCUAGUGGUGGGGUUGACGGCGACGUUUGGCUUCCUGGCAUUUCACGAAUACUCUAUCAUAACGCCCUAUAGUAGCUGCGUGCCGUUCGGGUUGCUUGCGGGCGCAGCCGCGCUGAUGAUCUCGAUUGUGCCGUUUACGGUUCUGGUUAUUGGGCCAACGAAUAGGGCGUUAGCGAGGAAGGCGGAAGAGGCGGAUACGCUGGCGAGUCUGAUGGAUGUGGUGAUGGAGAAGGAGUCGAACACGCAUUGGCUGGUGGAUCGGUGGGCGACGUUGAAUCUGGUUCGGGCGGGGAUUCUGGGGUUAUCUGCGGUGUUGGCGGCAUGGGGAGUGGUUGGGUAUUAAGGCGCGG